AGUUCGGACAUACUUCUCGGACAUACUUGGUUUUUGGUGCUGACGACGGAACCCCGAGCCUCACACAUGACAAGCACGUGCUGUGCUGUGCUGAGUUGCAGCCCAGCCCUCCUCCUGGCUUUCAUAUGGGUCAGAUCCCACAUCCUAAGCUUUUUACCCCAGCCUAAUUUCCCAUUCUGUUAAAUCGCUUGGCUUUGUUCUAAUGGCUUCCUGCUUGCUGUAGGCACAAUUGCAAGGAAGCAGAACUUCCUCACAGCAAGUACGCUCGAGUUCUAAAAUAAGAGCAGAUUCACUCUAAGCCCAGGAAAAGUCCCGAGUCUUUAAUUAAGGGGCUAAAUCCAACCUCACAAAUGAUUUUGUGAGAACUGAUUGCUCCAGCUCGUGCGUCACCGCAUGACUGUAGAGAGGCGUGCAAGUUUUCAAUGGACAUGUGCAGACCCCAAAACAGCUGGCCCUGGAGCUUAAAAUACCAAGGCUCCAAAGGGAGACCCUCAUCCGCAGAGUGCCGACUUAAGGACUGCCAAAAACGAUGGGUGGCUGCAGUGCCGGACACAAGUGGCUGUCGGCCUUCGGGCUACUGCUGCUGCUGCUCUGGGGGACCUCAGCCUCUGCCCUUCCGCUGGAGAGUGGUCCCACUGGCCAGGAGAGCGUGGGUGCUGCAGAAGGCAAGGGAAAUGGCCUCCUGACUUUCCUUGCCUGGUGGCAUGAGUGGACCUCCCAAGCCAGCUCCAGUGCCCCCAUCGGAGCAGAUGCCAGCGAGCUGUCUCAGCGGCAGGAAAGCCCACCUCUCCAGCAGCCCCCUCGCCGGGACAAAAAGCCCUGCAAGAACUUCUUCUGGAAAACCUUCUCCUCUUGCAAAUAACCCCAUCCUGGCCACCUGUGAGAGGCAACCACAGUCUGAAUAAAGAGUGUCAGGCAGCAUGGA